AUGGCUGGAACGGCGGCAACAGCCCCUGGGCAACUCUCCUUGUGGAAAAAGUAUGGACCGGCAGAAAACACGGUUAGAGGAAUCUCUAUUGGAGGAUUGACUGGUGCCAUCGAGAUCCUCAUCACGUUUCCCACCGAAUACGUGAAGACGCAAUUGCAAUUGGAUGAAAGAAGUGCUCAGCCGAAGUAUAAGGGACCGAUCGAUUGUGUGAAGCAGACGGUGAGGAGUCACGGAUUUUUCGGCCUCUACCGUGGACUCUCCGUUCUCCUCUAUGGAUCGAUUCCAAAGAGUGGCGCUCGUUUUGGAACAUUCGAGUAUCUGAAGGGAAAAGCUGCCGAUGAGCGCGGAUCUCUCACCCCCGUAAUGCGACUUCUUUGCGGACUUGGCGCGGGAGUGUCUGAAGCGAUUCUGGCGGUGACCCCAAUGGAGACGAUCAAAGUGAAGCUCAUUCAUGAUCAAACGUUGGAAAAACCACGGUACAGAGGAUUCUUCCAUGGAGUCACCACGAUUAUCAAGACUGAUGGAUUCAAGGGAAUUUACCAAGGAGUGACCGCAACGAUCAUGAAACAGGGCUCAAAUCAGGCGAUUCGUUUCUUUGUGAUGGAAACGCUGAAGGAUUGGUAUCGUGGCGGGGAUAACACGAAACCGAUCGCAAAACCGUUGGUCGGCUUAAUGGGUGCUAUUGCUGGUGCUGCGUCGGUGUACGGAAAUACGCCGAUCGAUGUGGUGAAAACGAGAAUGCAGGGAUUAGAGCGAAAGAAGUACAAGAACACGAUGGAUUGCGCGUUGCAAAUCUGGAAGAAAGAGGGCUUCUUCGCUUUCUACAAGGGAACCGUGCCUCGUUUGUCUCGUGUCUGUCUUGAUGUGGCCAUUACAUUUAUGAUAUACGACUCAAUUAUUGAAGCUCUCAACAAGUAUUGGCGUAAA